AUGGCGAUUCGGCCAGCUCCAGACUCCGUGGCGAAGGCUGCUGCCGCCAGCAUCCAUCAGCCUCGCGAUCCGAAUACCCUCGCAAACUACAAUGCUUGGCGGACAAAGCACACAACCGUUAACUUCGAGGUUGACUACGGCGCCAAGAGGCUGAAGGGCGAUGUUCAGUUGUCGCUUAGUAAGUUGUCUAACGAGCGUAAGAUCGUUCUAGAUACUAGCUUUCUCGACGUCACAAGAGUCAAGGUCGAUGAAGAGGAUGUCAAUUUCGAGGUCGCGAGCUCGCGGAUCGAGCCUUAUGGUAGUCCUCUUACAUUCACUGUUGGUGAGCAGUACGGCAAUGCCACGGAGCUGAAGGUAAGCAUCGAUGUGGCAACAACGAAAGACUGUACCGCACUUCAGUGGCUGUCGCCCGCGCAAACGAGCAACAAAAAGCACCCGUACAUGUUCUCGCAAUGUCAAGCAAUCCAUGCUCGGUCAUUGUUCCCUUGUCAGGAUACUCCGGACGUCAAGUCAACGUACACAUUCAAUAUCCGCUCUCCACUGCCUGUUCUAGCGUCAGGUCUGCCUACUGGUGCAAAGGACUAUCAGCCAGGCCAUGACGGCAAGCCCGGAACGCUGCUGUACACUUUCCAUCAGAGCAUACCGAUGCCUUCUUACCUGUUUGCCUUGGCUUCAGGUGACCUCGCAAGUGCAUCCAUUGGCCCGCGAAGUACCGUCUGGACGAGCCCUGAUGCGCUUACGGCGUGCCAGUGGGAAUUCGAAGAUGACACUGAAGCUUACAUUCAGGCGGCGGAGAAGAUAGUCUACCCUUAUGCCUGGACGACGUACAAUGUCCUCGUCCUACCACCUUCGUUCCCGUACGGCGGGAUGGAGAAUCCAAUAUUUACUUUUGCAACACCUACCGUUGUGAGUGGAGACAGACAGAACGUUGAUGUCAUUGCUCAUGAGCUCAGCCACUCAUGGUCCGGUAAUUUAGUAAGCAACGCCUCAUGGGAACAUUUCUGGCUGAACGAAGGCUGGACGACGUACCUUGAGCGAAGACUUCAAGCUGCAAUCCAUGGCGGCGAUAAGUAUCGUGAUUUCUCCGCCAUUAUUGGGUGGAAAGCGCUAAGCGACAGCAUCGCACAAUUCGGCGAAGACCACAACUUCACAAAGAUGAUACCCGAUCUGAAAGGUGAAGACCCGGACGAUGCGUUUUCCUCGAUACCGUACGAAAAGGGCUUCGUCUUCCUCUACCAUCUUGAGAAGCUGCUAGGCAUCGAGAAGUGGAACAAGUUCAUUCCGCACUACUUUACAACAUACAAGCAAAGGAGUGUGGACAGCUAUGAGUUUAAAGCUACCCUAAUCUCUUUCUUUGCUUCCGACUCCGAAGCAUCGAAGAAGCUUGAGCAUGUGGACUGGGACGAGUGGUUCUACAAGCCUGGCUUCCCGCCCAAACCGAACUUUGACACCACCCUUGCAGACCAAUGCUACGAGCUUGCGGACAAGUGGCAAGGCCUGAGCAAGGGCAGGAACGGGCAAUUCGCGCCCUCGGGUAAGGACAUCGAGCACUUCACCGCAAACCAAAGCGUCGUGUUUCUUGAGCGGCUGCAGAGCCUGGAAAAGCCACUAUCGUCAGAUUUGGUGGAGCUUAUGGGCCAACGGUACGCCUACGCGUCUUCGAAAAAUGUCGAACUGGUGUCACGGUACUAUACGCUUGGCCUGCAGUCACGGGCACAGAGCCUGUACGAGCCAACGGCAGAGUUACUGGGGAAAGUUGGGCGGAUGAAGUUCGUGCGGCCAUUGUAUAGGGAGCUGAUCAGGUGUGAUGAGGCUUUAGCCAGGAAGACAUUCGAGCGGAAUAAGAAUUUCUACCAUCCAAUAUGCAGAGGCAUGGUGGACAAGCUGCUGGAGAAGCAUGCUAAUGAGAUAUAG